AUGACCGAACAAUGGGCCAUUUUCACCAGUCAGGCGCCAGCCCCAUUCCCUGUCUUCUCGCAAGCCAUCGUUCGAAAUGACACCGUUUAUUGUUCGGGCAUGGUUGGUCUAGACAACAAGACCGGCGCCCUAGUCAGUGGUGGAGUGGCAAGCCAGACGGAUCAACUUCUGCGUAACCUGGGAGCCAUCCUGGAGGAGGCCAAGUCUGGGCUGCAACAUGUGUUGAAGGUGAAUGUUUACAUUACCUCCAUGGAGCACUUUUCGACCAUGAAUGAGGUCUAUCAGAAAUUCUUCUCGGCCCCCAUGCCUGCCAGGACUUGCGUGGCUGUCAAAGAACUGCCCCUCGGCGCGCUGGUCGAAAUGGAGUGUGUCGCUUUCACUCCUUAG